AUGGUAACUUUUGCUGCAGAUUAUUGGGCUCCUGCUCUCGAUAGUAAAGCUCGUCGUCGUAUGACUGAUUUAGAAGGAAGAGCUGUACAAGCAAUUAAAAAGAACUUAUCAAGAUCAACAUCUUUAUUAUUGAAGAAAUAUGGUGUUUGUGAUAAAAGUUGUAUUGGAAAAGGUGCUACUGCUGUUGUUCGACUUCAUCAUAAAUUUGAUAAUUCAGAGUGUGAGAGAACUUACGCUGUAAAGGAAUUUAGAAAGAAAAGAAAGAAUGAAUCAGAAAAAGACUAUGUAAAGAAACUUACAAGCGAAUUCUGUAUAAGUUCUACUUUACAUCAUGUUAACAUUGUUAAAACUGUUGAUUUUCUUCAAGAUGACAAUCAUAAUUGGUGUGAAGUGAUGGAAUAUUGUGCUGGCGGUGAUUUAUACAGUGCAAUAAAAGCAAGCCAUAUGACUUCGGUAGAAAUAAAUUGUUGUUUCAAACAACUUAUAAUGGGUAUCAGUUACCUUCAUUCAAUGGGUGUUGCUCACAGAGAUAUAAAGCCUGAAAAUUUAUUAUUGGAUAAGAAUGGUCACCUAAAAAUCACUGAUUUUGGUGUAUCAGAUGUUUUUAGAACAUGUUGGGAAGAAGAAGUCCACUUUUCAAAGGGCUUAUGCGGGUCAGAACCUUACAUUGCUCCUGAACAAUUUGAAACUAAAGAAUAUGAUGCAAGAUUAGUAGAUAUAUGGGCAUGUGGGAUAGUCUAUUAUUGUAUGAUAUAUCAAGGCAUUCCAUUUAGGAUGGCAACACCAGCAGAUCCAAACUAUGCAAAUUAUUUAGAAACCAAAAAUUUGGGAUUGUAUGAACCAUUCGAAAGACUGCCACGUGGCUGUCGGGAUUUAAUGUUUCGCAUUCUUGAACCUGAUACCAAACUACGUAUAAGAAUUGAAGAGAUAAAAAAUGAUGCUUGGUUCAAGACUAUAGAGUCAUGUUCCGAGUUUGAUGAACCAAAACCAGAAUCAGAAUUGGAGUCAUCAAAAUCUACAAAAUCAUCGUCAGAGCCUUCGUCACGGAAACGUACCUUGACACAAGAACAUAAACAUCUUCCCCCAAUGUGUUUAAAAGAAAUUCAAGAGAAGGACGGGAAGAAUGGUGCGAAAGAUAAUCAUAAUGAUAAGGACAAUUAA